GCAUCCCGGAAGUUAGCCGUAUCUGCAGGCAUGGGUGCCGCGGGCCGGGGUGGAGCGCACCGGCGCAUGGCUCGCCCGAAGCGUAACGGCGGCUGCCGUGGUCCGGGCGGCGGGGAGGGGGCCCUGAAGCGGCUGCGGCUGGCCGUGGAGGACUUCGUGCGAGCUACCUCCGAGAGCGAGACCCGCGAGGGCCAGGGCGCCGUGGCGCGCUCCCGGCCCAGCGGGCGAAAGAGCCGCAAGGAGCUUCGUAAGGAGAAGCGACACCUGAGGAAAGCGCGGCGCCUGCAGAGGACGGUGGGCUCCGGGUCCGGGGACCAAGAGGCUAGUGUCGGCCUUACCGGAGGCCGGGAGCCUCCGCCGCCCUCCGAGACGCGACCGACCCCAGACUCGGCCACAGCGCACCCCGGCAAGGCCAAGGCUUCCUCCACUAACACUAAGGCCACGGCGACCCAGGCUAAGGCUAAGACGUCCUCUCCCAAGGCCACGGCGAUCUCAACUAAGACCAAGGCUCAACGUGCCCCUGGAAAACCCGCCACCGCCUCCGCCUCUGCCACCGCCGCCGCCCGGAAACGGGCUCUUCUAGCGGCCAACGAGGAGGAGGACCGAGAGAUCCGAAAGCUGGAGCGAUGCCUCGGCCUGAACAAGCGCAAGAAGAAGGGCGACGGCAGCUCGGUGCCGCUCAGCUUCGCGCGCGACGGGCUGGAUUACAUUCUGGGGGCCCUGGAAUGUGGGAGAGGCGGCGGCCUGUACGAAAGCAGCGAGGAGGAGGAGGAGGAAGAAAAGGCGGAGGCUGGACAGACACUCUCGGAGAGUGACCUAGAGGACAGUUCCGAGGCAAGUGAGGAGGACUCGGACUCGCAAGCGGAACAGGAGGAUGUAAACUCGCAAAGGGAGAAAGCAGCAGAAGUUGAGACGCUAAAGAGUAAAGGGAAUAAGAGAGUCCGUUUUGCAGAGGCGGUAGAAAAGAGCGAAAGUUCUUCGGAAGAUGACGCUGAACAUCAGGAAAGUCACUGUGUUGAAAGUGGUGAAAAAUACAUCCCGCCUCGGUUGAGGGGCGAGGAGACAGUGGAUGCCCACAAGAAGGAAGAGCUGGAAAGGCUGAAGAAGCAGGUUAAAGGCCUAAUCAACAGGUUGAGUGAGCCAAACAUGGCAUCUAUAAGUGGGCAGCUGGAAGAGCUGUACAUGGCCCACAGUAGGAAGCACAUGACCGACACCCUGACCUCUGCCCUCAUGGAUGCCUGUGUCACCACCUCCGCUAUGCCCAGCAGACUGAUGAUGGAGCAUGUCCUCUUAGUCAGCAUCCUUCACCACACGGUUGGAAUAGAGGUUGGUGCUUGCUUCCUUGAGGCCGUGGUGAAGAAGUUUGAUGAUGUCUAUAAAGAUGGAGGUGAGGGGAAAGAACUGGACAACCUGUUUACCAUGAUUGCCCAUUUGUACAACUUCCACGUGGUACAGUCUCUCCUCAUCUUUGACAUUUUGAAGAAGCUUGUUGGAACUUUUACGGAAAAAGACAUUGAGCUGAUCCUGCUGAUGCUGAAAAAUGUGGGCUUUGCAUUGAGAAAAGAUGAUGCCUUGUCACUUAAGGAGCUGAUCACAGAAGCCCAGGCCAAGGCCAGUGGGGCAGGCAGCAAGUUUCAGGACCAGAACAGGGUGCGGUUCAUGUUGGAGACAAUGCUGGCUCUGAAAAACAAUGACAUGCGUAAAAUCCCUGGCUAUGAUCCGGAGCCUGUAGAGAGACUAAGGAAGUUACAGAGGACUCUGGUACGCAAUGCUGGCUCAGGUUCUGAGACUCAGCUUCGAAUCUCCUGGGAUGGCAUCUUAAAUGCAGAGCAGACUGGCCGCUGGUGGAUUGUGGGGUCUGCAUGGAGUGGGACCCCCAUGAUCGACAACAGUCAUCAAACACUCUUACAGAAGCCACUCGCAGGAACGGUUAGCUCCAAGAUGCUGGAGCUUGCAAGGAAGCAGAGAAUGAACACUGAUGUCAGGAGGAACAUAUUCUGCACUAUAAUGACAAGUGAGGACUUCUUGGAUGCCUUUGAAAAGCUGCUGAAACUUGGGCUGAAGGACCAGCAGGAGAGAGAGAUUGUUCACAUCCUCAUGGAUUGCUGCCUGCAGGAAAAAACCUACAACCCUUUCUACGCUUUCCUGGCUAGCAAGUUCUGCAGCUAUGAAAGGAGAUUCCAGAUGACUUUCCAGUUCAGCAUAUGGGACAAAUUUCGGGACUUAGAAAAUUUGCCAGCCACUAAGUUCUCAAAUCUGGUUCAUCUGGUAGCACACUUGUUGAAGACAAAAUCACUUCCACUUUCUAUCCUAAAGGUAGUCGAAUUCAGUGAACUGGAUAAACCCAGAGUCCACUUCCUCCGGAGAGUAUUGACUGAGCUGUUGAUGGAAACAGAAGAAGACGACCUGGGUUUAAUUUUCUCAAGAGUUUCUGACAACCCGAAGCUGGGAAUGUUGCAAGAAGGCCUGAAGCUCUUCAUCAGCCACUUCUUACUGAAGCACACACAGACUCUCCAGAAUGCUGAGGAAGCCAGUCUGCUGAGAGAGAGGGCAGGCCUGGCAUCCAAGUCUUUACAGGGCAAAGCCAUCCUGAGGAUGUAGCCAAAAGAUAGGGAGCAUUUGACCAAGAGGUGUCACUUGUGAAUUCAAAGGCCUGUCCUGCCUCUCUAAGAGCAGGGGAGUUAUGCCAUGGUCUGUCAUGGUUUAAAUACUAUAGUUUCAGAUUUUUUUGAACCCAGGGUUGUACUGUGUAUUUCAAAUGUAUAUGUAUGUAUAUAAUAGAUGAAAGGGAAAGGGGAGAGAAGAUGGGGCAUUAAGCCAUGAGGAGAGGGGGAGAUCAUAAAUUGAUGGCUAUUUUUAAUCUUCUGAAACGCUUGUUAAAAGUUCAGAAACUGAGCCUAGCAUGGUGGGCAUGCCUCCAAUCCCAGACUCGUCAAGCACAAGCAGGCAGAUCUGUGAGUUUGAGGCCAGCCUGGUCUAUCUAAUGAGUUCCAGGACAGCCAGAGCAAAUCUGAUUCUUCCCAUUCAUUAAUCCCACCUUGGGGACUAUUUGAUAAGGCUAUUUCAGAUAGAUACUGGGUACCUGGUGAGAACAGAGAGAGAGAUGAACAUGACUGUAAGUGAUUAUGGUGGGUAAGGAAUUAGCACGGGCUCACUGCUCGCUGGGGUGCUACAGUUGAGGAAGAAGGAAUGGCCUUGGAUACAUACUUCUGUGAAUGCAUAAAUACUCUUUAUUUUUCAGCCUUAAAGUUUGCUUCUCUUUCAAGUGCUAUAGACUUGACUAACCCUGACCUUCAGGAUGAAAAGCAACUAAAUAGAAGUAAAAAAGGUCCUAAAUCAGAGCCCUUCUGCCCAGCAGUGUCCCAUGUAGAGUGCACAUUCCUGGGAGGUAGGCACAGACCAGGGAUGCUGCUCCUGUAUAAGUCAUCUCUUCUGUUUGAGUUUGAACAGCAUGUCCCUGUAGUGGUGUGUUUGAGUUGACCAUGUAUAGUCAGGAGGUCUGUAGCAGGAAUCUUAAAAGUUCUUAUUAAUAAAAUCAAACCUGAGGCCA